AUUCAAAGCAAAACAAAGAAACUCCCUCCUCUGGGGUUGUCAGUGAGAAAGGACGUGUCGUGCAACUGGUUUGGGAUUUGCAAAAGGCGAGAGGGUGGGGAUCAGAAGAAGGUGCAAAGCCACAAAGUGUGAGUGCGUGUGUAAGGGGACCUUUCUGCAUCUAAGAUGGUGAAGAAAGGAGUGAGCAAGAGAACAAAAUAACUACUGGGAAGUCUCCAACCAGGUUGGGGAGUGUGUGUGCAUGUGGGGGGGUGGAGAGGGAAGAGAAAAAGGAAAGAGGAUUAACCACAGCUACCCCCCAAAAAAAGUCCAACAGCUCUUUUUUCUGAGGGAGGACUCGAAGGAUUAAAAGGCAGCAACUUCUGAGGCGAUUUGUCCCCUGAGUUAUGGAUGUUGGUGCACUUACUUCAGGCCAGAUCAGAGCUCAGAGGAAUCUAACCAGAAGCAGCAACCACCGGCUCUCUACUUGCUUUUUACCAGGUUUUACCCUUCCAGUAUGUUUCAUUUGAUAAGACAUUUUCCAGCGCCCAGAGUUUCAGUACAAUGUGCAAAUGGAUACUGACAAAUGGUGCCUCAGCCUCUUCCCACCUGCCUUGUUGCUGCUUGCUGCUGCUCUUCUUGGUGUCUUCUGUGCCUGUCACCUGCCAUGACCUCAGCCAGGACAUGCUGUCCCCGGAGGCCACCAACUCUUCUUCUUCAUCAUCCUCCUCCUUCCCCUCGUCCUUCUCCUCUCCUUCCAGUGCGGGGAGACACGUGCGGAGCUACAAUCACCUCCAAGGAGACGUGCGCAAGAGGAAGCUCUACUCUUACAACAAGUACUUUCUCAAGAUCGAGAAGAACGGCAAGGUCAGCGGCACCAAGAAGGAGAACUGCCCCUUCAGCAUAUUGGAGAUAACAUCUGUAGAAAUUGGAGUUGUGGCAGUUAAAUCUAUAAAGAGCAACUAUUAUUUAGCCAUGAACAAGAAAGGAAAAGUCUACGGCUCUAAGGAGUUUAACAGUGAUUGCAAAUUGAAGGAAAGAAUAGAAGAAAAUGGAUAUAACACAUAUGCAUCCUUAAAUUGGAAGCACAAUGGAAGGCAAAUGUUUGUGGCCCUGAAUGGAAGGGGAGCCACAAAGAGAGGACAGAAAACAAGAAGGAAAAACACUUCAGCUCACUUUCUUCCAAUGGUAGUGAUGUCAUAGAUGAAGGAACUAUUCUAUUGAUGCAUUUGAACCAAAGGCUCUUAUGUCAAGAAUAUUCAGUAAUCUUUUCGAAGACUAAAUGCAAAGAAAUAGUGCAGACAUCUGCUUGUUUGAAAAGAGAGCAGGGGAAGCAUUUGAAGGUUUUGUACUCAUUACUGGCAUAGGAAAUACUUUUAUUUAGUUCAGUGUCAUAUCUUAUAAUCAAGAUAUAAGCUGGAUCAAUGGGGAUGUAAGUUACUGCCAGUGUGAACAAUUAUUUUAUUUUUUUUAUUUUAUCUCUGCAACAGAACUUAAGGAACAUGAGACAAUCUGUUGAAUGAUCUUCAUGGGGAAAGUUAUUUAUGGAAUACUAACUCAUAUCAAAGACCUUAGUUGCUCAUUCAAGCCUAAUGAUCCAAUGAACAGUUAGACACACAAAUAUUUACUGGAAGCACUCGGGCCAUAUGCACAAAUUAUGACAUUUCUGGAGAAGCCUUGUGGAAGAAUGGAUAGGAUUAAGGAAUAUAAGCAAAGUAGUAUAAAACUGUUCUAACAAAAUGAAUAGUAUGGUUUGCUUGUAUGUUCUAAAUUCAUUUCUUAUUAUUUCUCUCUUAAGUUAUUUAUUUAAUAGGAUGUUAAAUAUCUUUCUGAUUUGAAAUAUUUUCUCAUUUACUUCUCUGUUAUUUUCCCUUUUUCUCUGUACUUCACACAGAGGUUGACAGAUUAAAAUGUCAAAACCUCAGAAGUACUCUGAGAACAGGUAUUAGACAAGGCUUUAAAGGCAGAAUUUAAUAUGUAUAAUCCAUUUUUUUCCUAAACUGUCUUGCACUUAAGCAAAAAGACCAAACAAGCAGUGCUUGCAUUUAUGGUAUUGGGUGUCUUUAUGUUGGAAAACUUUUUUAGUUAUUAACACUCAAGAACAAACUUCAAGAAAUACUUUGAUUGAAGGGUCUUUCUGCUAUUUUGAAAUUGAGCGAAGGGGCCACAUAUGUACUUGGGUGGCAAUGCAUCUGUGUGUAUAUUCAUCUGAAUUUGAUUUCAGUUUAAAACUAAGAUCCAACAUAUUGCAAUAGGUGCAAUAUUCUGCAGCAAGCGUGGGGCUGGAACAUAGAUGUUGACAGCCCUGUUAAAGUCAUUGAGAUUACAAAUGUUAAAAUUUAACAGUGUGUAACUCCCAAGUGUAAAAUUUGGCAUCUGAAACAUAAGUAAGAAGGCCACACAGUCCUACACUCCUUAUUCAACUAAUACACCCAUUCAGCACAUCUGUCCUUGUCACCAGCUUGUAGAAUCACAUGUAUAUAGUGGGAAAGAUACACAAGUAAGGACUGAGGGACAGGAGAUCCAAAGUCAUACUCGUGCAUUUAUCAGAGAUUAUUAUUCACAUGUAUAUUAUAUACGAGAGUCAACCAAAAAGCUGUGCUGGUUAUCCAGCUUUAGCCUGCCUUUCGUAUACAUCAUAGUAACUGAAGGCUCAAAAUACGUAGUAUUCAGCACAUUUUUAUGAAGUGUUACUAGUCCCAUGGCUUAACUUGAGCAACUGCGGUGUAAUAAAGUUAAGCAUAAUAUGAAGUCUGUUCAAUUAAAGGUACAUAAGGUAUGUUUUAUGUUUUGCUUUACUCUGUAAUUUUAGAGAGCUCUGGAUAGCUCAUCAAUGUAACCAUAUUGAGAUUCAUUUUGUUAGAGCAGGUAAAUAGUAAACAGUACAUCAAAGGAUUUUUACCACUGUCUUCACAUUGUAUUCCACUAAGUAAAUCAAUAAGCCUUUGCAGUGUCUUUAGUAAGAAACAAAAGUAGUAUAAUAUUAUUUUGUUCUAAAUACUUUAACUGAUAACUAUGAGAUUAUAUUGAUGCUGCAGUUUUAUCUUCAAUAUUUUGUGUUGUGAAAAAGUUGGUUCUAUUUUUAUUGUUUGGAAACUGUAUUUUGGUACAAGGGAGAGCCUUGCUUAAUGUGUCUUUUUGAGAAUGUUUAACCUCUAAAAAGGCUGGUGUAGUUGGAAUCUUCUGUAACUUAUUUAAGUCAAUGUUUAACCAGCACUUCAAUCUUAAUCUGUUAUUUAAAUAUUAGCUGUUCUUUUUUUUUAAGUCAAAAAAAAAAAAAAAAAAAAAAAA